UGGCAAAUCUUGUCCGCAUCUAUCAAUAUAAGAAAACUGUUCUAGACUGCAGUUAUAGCAACAAUGUCACAAAGGAAGUGUUUGAUAAGCAAUGGAAGGAACUCACAGCAAUUUUUACAGGUGUUGGAGUUCCUGUUGAAGACAUUGAGAAUUACCGCAACCCAUGGCAUUACAAGGAUGGAGCCUUGGAAGAAAUAGGUAUUGGGCACACUGUCAUUGAAGAAAUCAAGAAUUUUCAGGCUGUGUUAUCGGCUGUUGUUGAUGUUGGAACUGCAACCAUGAGAAAUUACAUAUUGGAGGUUAACAAUAUUAACAAGAACGAUGUUGGGAAUUAUCUACUCUCCGAGAAGAGAAAGGGUAGCUUUAAUAAAGUAAUGAAAAAUAUCAGUAGAGAGCAGAGGUCUAAAAUGUUCACAGCAUCUGCUGACAUUGAUACUUUUGAUAUCUCCAUCAUGUAUUUAAUAAUUCGUAACUGCUCCAAUGGCAUUCCAGAGUCUUUUUGGAAAAACCCACAUAGACUGGUUAACUUGGUAGACAUCCACAACUACAGGAACACAAAGCUGGCACAUUCCCCCGACAGUAGAAUGUCAAAUAAAGAAUUUGAAAUUGAAUGGAAGAAAGUCAGAUCAAUGUUGCAUUCUGCAGGUGCUUCUUUAACUGACAUAGACAAAUAUAAGGCACUAAGAUUCAUCAACUAAAUGCAUAAUUCUACCCAUGUUGAAGGAAAAUAUGAAUUCUUGUAUGUUCAUUAAAUUUCUGAUCACUCACAUGAAAUGUGAACAUUUUAGCACUGAGCAAAAUUUCUGAUUUUGAACUUGAUGAGUUUAAGAAUGUUAAAUUUUGGUAACUAGGGACAGCCAGUCAUGAGUUUUAAAUUAGGCAUCCAUGUACAAUCUCAGUUUUUUCUAAUUAAAUGUUGGGAUGCCAACUGUAAAGUUUAGCCUAUGUCAUAAUUCAAAUAAUUUUGGACAGUAUUUAAUAUAUCAAAUAUACAUAAUAUUGUUUAAAUUAGUUAAAACUGUAAAUGUGUUUAUUAA